CAGUUCACGCACCGUGCCAACAGCCACGCUACCUGCGCUGGCGUUUCAACAAACGGUACACUACUGGGGCAGAAAAGUAGGUGAAGGGGAAUCGGCGGAGGAAUUCUGCUGGGACUGGUCGUUGGUACACCGGCGGCAGUCAGCAUACUAUUGAGUCAUGGUUGAGUCGUCACUUAAAAAGAGCCGGAGCUUAGCCUUGCUGCUCUCAGAAUGGCACCACGAUGUUACUGACAGGUCGUCGCUAUCGCGCAAGCUGCUAAACCAGCUGCGAGGAAGCAAGUUUGCGGUUUCUGCCAGCUUAGCCCUCGUGUCUGUUGUGACGUUCGAUUUUUUUAAGACAGCGAAUACUUCGUCUCUUACAAUUAUCUUUGGCGCCUACUCAAGCAUAUUCGCGGAACUUCUUCUGUGGAAACGCUGGAAACAUCUUGGAAUGUGCCUUAGUACGCUCAGCGACAUUGUUGGUGCAGUCGAAGACAAUGUUAAUCCCGACUUGUGGGCGCUUGGGAGAAACCGGGCUCGAGCCCACCGUCUGCGCCGUUCCCUGUACCUCGCCUUCGGCUGGCUGACGGUAGUGAGCAUCCUCCGCAUGGACGUGCUAGUGCCACCCGUAUGGGCACGGUCCAUGGCGGGCAACCUGGCCCGGGCGUCGGGGCUGGACGAGGACGUGUGCUUCUCGCUGGUGCACGUUACCAAGACUGUCCUGGACGUGGUCGGCUCCCUGUGCUGCCUGACGGCCUUCUACACAUUUGUGCCCUGUGUUCUGCUCAUGUACUCGGCGUGCGCAUUCGCACAUAAAGCAGUGGGAGAACGUCUGAUGGGAAGCGGCUCUGUGGUCCAAGCCGUGGAAUUGCAGAACGCAGUUCUGAAGAUCACAAUCGCCAUAGAUUCGGUCAUCACGGACCUACUGCCACACGUCCUUGUUGCCACCGUAUUUAUGCCCCUCAUUACCACAUCGCAGAUGGUCGUCAGCGGAGACUUCAACCCUUUUGACUUCGUUGGCGGAGUGCCCAUCCUCUCGGUGUUCGUGCCACUCUUCGAGGCGGGCGACGACCUCGCAGCCUCACGGCUACAGGUGGCUGAGCUCGCGGGGUUCGGGCCCUGGUUGGAGCGCAGCCCGCGACAGCGUGGCCUGGUCGUGGGUGCCAUGCGCUGCGCAGCUGGCGUGGGCGGGCUUCCGAGGUUUCGGGGAUUUGGCAGUAUCAACAGGCAUGCUUGCCUACAGGCUUUAAAAUCUUGGUUCAGUUUCCUGCAGAUGUUACUAAACCUGCGAAAGAUUGACUAGGAUCACUAAUAAAUUUCUACUCACAUAAA